ACUGUAACCAGUCAGUAUUCAAUCUGUCCCACAAUGAUUCGCAAUGCCUUGGGGCUUGUGAUCGGUCUGAUCUUGGGCAUUCGCCUCACGGAGUACUGGGACUACAGCCACAUGAGAUCCAUAACAAGGAUGGUAAUCCCCGGGUCCAAAGACAGGGUCUGGCUCUUUAAUGAGACUCGCGUGCUGUGCCUUGUGCUGACGAAUCCUUUGGAUAUUACGAGAAUGAAGGCCAAAGUGAGAUCCACGUGGGGCAAGCGGUGCAACAAAUUGAUAUUCAUAAGGAGCCAGAUACAGAAAGGAUUGAAUGACAGCACAUUUGCCAGAGUUCAAGUCGCUUUGCGAUCCAUUUACAGGAAUCACUUCGAAGGUUAUGACUGGUUCCUCAAAGCUGAUGCAAAUACCUAUGUCAUUAUGGAGAACCUGAGACGUUUUCUCUAUCGCUAUGAUCCGGAGUCUUCGCUUAUAUUUGGCCACCGACAGAGAUCGGACUUUCGGGCGGGAUAUAUGCAUGGGGCAGCGGGCUAUGUCUUGAGUCGCGGUGCAAUGCGUCGCUUGAAUUUAUUUGCUUUUAAUGGCAGUAAUAUGUGUGAUCCCAAGCUACUCUCGUUCAGCGCUUUGGAGGAUAGGAAUCAAUCCUUUACAGCAUUGGCAGGCACGCAUAUCUCCUCAUUAGCUGUAGACAGAGCCAUGGGUCUGUGCCUGAAGCAUGUGGGUGUGAUUCCUGGCGAAUCUCGCGAUGGCUUCAACCAAGAGCGUUUCCUGCCACUCAUGCCACAAUGGCUUAUGCCUGGAACUGCCACAUGGAAGCGCUACGCGGACACCAUUUACUUCAAACCGACGCCACAAAAUUGCUGUUCCACGACUUUAAUAAGCCUUCAUUCAGCGAAUGGUGUGGCCUUUGACCUUCUGGAGUUCUUUCUCUACAAGAUGAGGGUGUUUGGCGACCCCAAGCCCGAGCCCAAGUUACCGCAACGGCUGGGCUUCAGGGAAAUGCAUUCGCUGCUGCGCUAUUGGUCCCAGGUGGUGUCUGAUAACCUGGAAAAGCCAGCAGCUUAAUGUAAUUGCUACACUUUGUGAUAAAUAAACCAAGAAGCAACCACGAUGAAGAUUUAUUCCCAUCAAUAAGGACAAAACAA